UCAUGCUGCUGCCAGGUCCAGAGUGUCUCAUGGGUCCCUGUACGGCCUCCCAUUGCUGCUGUCUCCAUCGCCACACUCUGCCAUGUGCCACUUUCAGGUCUCCUCACACUGCUGCUGGUGGGUUCCAUUUUGUCAUAGGGUGCUGGCAGAUUACGGGCCUCCCAUUGCUGCUGCCAGGCCCGUAAUCUGCCAUGGGCCCCUGUACCGCCUCCUCAUGCUGCUGCCAGGUCCAGAGUGUCUCAUGGGUCCCUGUACGGCCUCCCAUUGCUGCUGUCUCCAUCGCCACACUCUGCCAUGUGCCACUUUCAGGUCUCCUCACACUGCUGGUGGGUUCCAUUUUGUC